UUCAAACGGAAAGUGUGGAUCAAGUCUCAUCUUCUAACUACACGUGGUUGUACAUUGGCAUAUAUAUAGACAGUCCGAUAUAUCCCGCUCAGAAAGUUUCGAUAUACCGAAGAAGCCGAAAGUUAAGCUGAGGAGUCGAAGAGACUAAUCGAAUUGCGAAUCGUCUGGUAAAGAAUUUUGAUUUCAAGGUAAGAAUGACUUAUCAGACUAUAAACUUCUCCGCAUAAAAAUGCGAAUUUCCACACAUUAAUUAUUGAAGAUUUGAAGUAUACCCCAUAUACAUGAGCACUAUAUUGUUAUUGAACUGCCUUGUUCUUUAAAAAAUCCUUUUCUUUCGUUUUUGUGUUGGGAUUAUCAAAUUGGUAGAUUAAAGUUUUCCUCGAUAUAUUCAACAGAAUCUCAGAUAUCAACUGCAAACGAGGCAGCAGUCAGCUCUCGCUUUUAAUUAAUUAUUGUUAUACUUCAGUGGAUCCAAAUUAUUGCAAAUGCUUAAACCUUUUAAACAUUCAGGAGGGGGUAUCUGAAUUGCGCUAUUGCCAAAAACUUUCAGCACCCUGUUGCUAUAUAAAUAUCUUUCAUUUUGAAAGAUAUUAUUAUCUAUAUGCUAAAUAUCUUCAUGUCUAUGUUAUUUUCAAAGUUUAUUUGAAAUAUAUAUAGGCCAGAAAUCAUGGCGGCAAAUUCGAGGUCACGGCGACCAUAAAAUUGUUGGCAGGCAUAUCAAUAAGGUAGAAUUAAAAGUCACGUUCUCGGCGAAAAUUUUAAAUAAAAAAAACUAGUGCUAUCUAAGAUUCUAAGUAUUAUUACAAUAGCAGUAUAUCCGGCACUAAAAAUUACGGAUAGAUUUUCGGAAUAGAACAAUAUUGCUAGACCUAGAAAAUAUGAAUGAUCAGCAGAUUUACAAAUCACGGAAUUGAAAGAACGGAAUUAGUGAUAAUUGAUAAAAGGCAAUAUUUUAAGCAGUCUAGCCCAUAGCACUGACUCGUGACUUUAUUUAAACUAAAGUCCUUUAUAUCUUGUAGUUCCCUUUUUAAAAUCUAUUUUAGUUUUGCUUGGGGGCAUAUUUAUGGCGUUUAAAUGUAAUAAGAGAAAUUAAGCAUGAUAAGAUAUGACAUGCAGGAAAGUGAAACGUGGAUGUAAUUUGUUAGAAACGAUUAUAAUCAUUUUUGGUUAAGCCAUCUACAUAAUAGCCGUAAUAACUUCAAUUUUAAAGCUGAAAUACAAUAGACCACUAGUCAUUCUGUCUAUAUAGUUAAAUGCCAGUGUUAAACGUCGCCUACAGGCUAAAUCAGCUAAAUAUAUCGAGAACUAACCGCACGAGAAAUUUUUCGUAAUAAAAAUCUAGUUAUAUAAAAUGCUUGGGCAUAGACGAGGCAAAUUUUUUCACCAUUAUUCGAAGUCACUCAUUCCAUUGGACAAUCCAGGAACCAAUCAAAAGCUACGAAUACUUAAUCCGCAUUGUCUAGUUUUUGACAUUUUCAAAAGGUAUUUAGACACCAGUAUUUGCUUAGGAAAUUUUAUAAUAUUGUAGGGCAAAUACAGCAAUGCAAAUCUCUCAUAUUUUUUGUUCAGCCGCUGUGUUCUGACGUCAGUUGACGUCAUUGUUAGGAUUAAUAUUCCCGGCUUAUAAUUGGAUGUAGCGAGCUCAAUUCACGAAGUGGAUUAACUUAUUUAGGGGGUUUUCAAAUCUUGUCCUGUUCAUCGUGAGUCCUCGAUUUGUACGUUCAAUUUCUUACUGCAAGUAUGACAUCAAUUGUAUUUUCUUAUCUUAAGCCAAUGACAAUGCAGAUUCUAUAUAGAAGAAUGCUGUGCUGAGUGGUUAUAUAUUACUACCUUAAAAAAUAAGCAGAAACUCGCCGACGUUUCGUAAUAUAACCACUCAGCACAGAAUUUUCACAUUGGUACUACCCACACUGCCCACUGGUACAGACAGUUUUAGUAUAUAUAGAAGAAUGGUUCUGAAAUAAUACAUACUAAAAAUUUUAUCCUGAUGAUGACUGAAAGACCUGAAAUAAUAUAGUCGAAACGUAGAUAAAUAUGAAAAUGUUAUCGAUCUUUGGAGUUUCCGCACUUGUUUUAUAUUUUGUUUUAUUAUAUAAAGUAUAGUGCGUUAUAUAGAUUUCCAGCACUGGUAAAAGUGAUAAUCUCACAUGCAUGUGAGAUUAUUCAUGAUAAUCUCACAUGUGAAAAUUAUCGCUUUUCAAUUAUCGCUUUUCUGUAAAAAUUAUCGCUUUUCAAAGAUUGUCCUUUAUAUAAUAAACAGAAAAAUACAUGGGUGCUUGGAAAGACCAGAUUUAUUUCUCGUGUUGAACAUGAUAUCUCACUCGUUCGCUGCGCUCACUCGUGAGAUAUCAUGUUCAACACUCGAAAUAAAUCUGGUAUUUCCGCGCUCCCAUGUAUUAUUCUCUAUACAUACUAGCUAGACCAUUUCUUCAUUUUGAAACUAACAGAAACUCGCUCAAAUAUUUCUAGUGCAAGAUUGAUUAUUAUGAUGAAUACUAUAGAUCAUGAUCUGUAAACAGUAACAAUUUCCUCAGUUUAAACCAUUUCAGCCUGCUGAGGCCCAGGACUGUUACGUAACGAGUCACUCCAGUAAUUUAUAUUGAGUUCACUGGGACAACCAAUGAACGGCUAUUUUUCGCAUCAUGUUGAUUUUCAAGUCUGGGACGAAUGGGCUAAAAGUAAACACCACACCACGAAGUUAAAUUAAAUAGGAAGACAUGAUAUAUUACAUAUCAAGGAAACCAUUUGUCAACAUGAAAUUUUAAACAUCCGUCUCUGCGCGAUAUGUGCAAUAAACUUAUAAACAUCAAAAUCAGCGCCGUGCAGGAACUGCUGAUUUCAAAUAAUUUGAAUAAUUCGAACCAAAUUUAUAGCUCGUCAUUUUUUCUGGCUGAAACGGCUAACAACUGCGCCUUGUUCCGCAUUCUUGAACGGAUAACAACAAGAAAACAACAUUUCCAAUUCGUACAGGGGGUAUUAAAUUUUUCAUUAAUAGAGUGUCCUGAAGCGAGAUCUAGAUCUCAUUUCCCGAGCCAUUUCCCGGCCCGUUUUUUCUCUAAAUCCUAUUUCCCAGGUAUUUUGGACCAACCACAUUCAACUGUCGUUACAAUGGUAUCACGGGUAUAUUCCAUUGUAUAUUCACGUUGCCACUUCUGUGUCUGUCAUUAUCAGUCCCAGUGACCCAAAUCCAAUAUUCACAGUCCAGAAAUGAGCAAAUUAAUCCAGUUCCCAUUUUACCCCUUCAGGACCCUCUUAACACUAGGACGCCAUAUUGAAAUCGUACUAAAAUGAAACAAAAUUCAAGGUAAAAUUUAUGCUUUAUUUCAAAGUCAUUGACAUUGUCAAACCUAAAACUACCUUGAAUUUUGUUAUCUUGUGUUUAAUAGCUCGAAUCGUGAGUCAUGAAUGUGUGUCAGAAUGUUUUUCAUCUUUGUUUUGCGAAAUUGUCUGCUGGUUAAAGGAUAUUGAAAUCGUAACCCGCAAGGAAUUGUGGUCUGUUUUAAUGGACCUUUAACCUUAUAAUUAAAAUUUUGAUCUAGACAAAAAUUUGAUCACAGCUUGAAAGAACAUCACAAAAUUAGUAAUAUUCCAAAGUUUCGUUACGAAAUGUUGUAAAAUGCGGAUAAUAUAGCCCUGCGAAGUUUGCCGUUUUCAGUCAUUUUGUAUUACAAAUGGCAAAUUGAUACCCCAAUCGGGUGUUGGGGUAUUAAUUUCCCGUUUGUAAUACAAAAUUACUGAAAAUUGCAAAUUUCGCAAGGCUAUAUUAUUCGCAUUUUACAACAUUUCGCAACGAAACUUCGGAAUAUUACUAUUUUGUGAUGCUCUUUCAAGCUGUGAUGAAAUUUUCGUCUAGAUCAAAAUUUUACUUGUGGAAGUCCUAUAUCCUUAAUCCUUAAUAAAGGCGUUUACCGACUCCUAACAACAAGGGAUUCCGCCUUGAAAACACUAUCGAAGGCAGUUUCUAGCCAUAUUUCACUCCUACACGCUUUCAGCGAGUGAAACCAACAGUUAUAGGGAAUAUAGAGGGCUUUGUUAAGAUUUCAAAACAGACUAUGUACGAAUAAAAGGCAAUAUUAAUAUAUAUUGAAAAUUGAAAUAUGUUUGGAAUUUUACUUUUUAGUAGUCUAAACAUUCAAGGACAAACUGAUUUACGUUCAAAGGAUUUUGUUAAAAUUUGAUGAUGUAUAUACUUUUGCGAUCACAGAAGUGUUUUUAAAUAAGUUUCAAAAACUCAUUAAUAUAUAAAUUAUGAGGAAAAUACAAAAGAAAUCACUACCACUGUCCGUGGCCAGUUAUUUGUGAUAAAAAAUCAUGUAAACUAAUUUAGCUUUGCCUUUGAUUUUCUCGACUUAGAUAACGUUUAUUUAGUAAAAUUACUUCGCUAAUAUAACUGUGCCUGUCGCCUUGUGUUUUAUAUCUGAUAAAGCACUCCUGCUCCUCAUUAAAUCAUAUAUAUAUACAAUGUUCCAAGCAUGUAUGAUGCUUCUAGGUAAAUUGUCAAAGUAAGGCCAAAUAAAAGAAAAUACUUGGUUAGCGUCACCGUCCGCCUCUCGAUUUUCUGCCGCCUCUGAAUUUUUUUUAAUUUUUUUUAAAGGAAAUCUCUUCAUUUUACAGCUUAAAACAGUUUAAUAUUUGAAAUUUUUCUCAUGCUCAGAUCUUCGCGCUAUAUACUGAUCGAUAGGAGCACGUAGGCUUGGGUAUACAAGGUUCUUAAAGCAAAAUGGCGGCCUUCGCAACUUCAGUACAAAAAAUAUCACCGAUAUGGUGGAAAAACCGCCCCCCAUCCCCUCCAAAAAUACUAUUAAAAAAUUAAAAAAUGAGUAAAAAUUAAAAAAAAAAUCCGCCCGCCCGCCUCUGAAAAUUUGUGAGAGUGUGACGCUAACCAAGUAUUUUGUUUUAUUUGGCCUAACGAUAAUUUUUUUUCAUUUUAGUGGGCUGUAUUAUAUACUUUUUUGUAUCAAUUAUAUGUAAUCAACAGUUAUCGUAUCAUGGGUGCAUAUUUCCCGCAAUUUAUUUUCCCAUUGAUGUUUAAAAUCUUUCUAGCAGAUAAAGAAUGAUAAUUAUAUAGGAAAUUGAAAUCAAAUAUUUUAAACGUUAGUUUAUGCCGGUGUAUGCUGAUCCCUGACCUUGGUUUCAUUGAAAAUUUUCUUCAAAAGAAUGAUAAUUAUUGAAAAUUGCACAAGGAGUAUUUAAAAAAACCCACUUAAAUUAAAAAACUUUCAUUACCGCCAGUUCAGCACAAAUUUCAUCGACAUUGAAUUUCAUCACACGAGCAUGGUAUUUUUGGCAAACUUGGGAUAUUAUAGGAAAUUCUCUUCAAAUUGUCCAUCAACAGUUGUUUUCCGACAACGAUCCAGGCAGCGCCCUCGAAAGAGUGCCAUAAUAUGCCCUCAAAUUAUUUCCGAAAUGAGAGUUGAUUGGUGAAGUGGGCGUUGAAAGAUAUUUGUAUCACUUUGAAAGGGAUGUCAUACACAUACUUGACUGAGGUUGAUGUUUUCAUAUAAGUGACACAGUGAAUACUUUGAUGCAGUAAUACGGUGUUCAUGUUAAAGCUAUAAAAAACUAUUAAUUAAAUCAUCAUUGAACUGGUUUGAGAUAACGAAGGUCUGCAUGAGUGGCUGACUGGAUUAGAGCCAAUAGAGCCUUGGCAAUAAUAUUAUAGAUAAGACAAGGUAAGACUUUCUUAUGGAGUUAUAACUGUAUUACCAUACUAUUUUACUGGCGAAUCACAAAUACCACCAUAUUAGUAUGCUCUAUCAUAGAGCAUACUAAUAUGGGGGUAUUUGUGAUUCGCCAGUAAACUGAUAUGUAAGGUAUUUAAUUAUAUUUUACUUCCAAUGUUUUGGGAAUUUUGUUACAAGGUCUGUGUGAUCUGUGGCUAAAUGCUAUUAAAGCUAUAAUUAAUUUGGUAUUUCCAGCGAGACCGCAUCUUUGCGCUUCCUUUCUAAAGAUCCGUUAGUUUACACUUGCAAUUUUUGCUUCGAUUUUUAGUGCGAUUUUCUUCUUCUGACGCAUGUGAAUGAGUAGAUGAGUUAUGAAUGUUCUGAGUAUAUGUAUCCUCAUUUGAACAUUCAUAACUCAUUCACUCGUUCACAUCCAUCAGAACGUCGACAUUUCGAGUACUAAGGCUAAUUAAGCCUCUUCGUCUGGAAGUUACUAUAGUAUACUGCAUGGCCACCACAACUUCCCAGGCCCAGCCAGGGUUAUCAAGUAUAUCAUGGUAUUUAUACCAUUUUACUUUUGGUGUACAUUAUAGCAUAUAAGUUCGCAUAGCUACUAUAUGGCCACCACAACUUACCAGGCCCAGCCAGGAUUAUCAAGUAUAUCAUGGUAUUUACACCUUUUUACUUUUGGUAUAUUCUUAAAAUAGGUUGAAAUAUGGGUAUAAACUUUCCUAUAAUACAUUUGGACAGACGUUAUAGCCUAAAAUUUUGGUAUAUUGAGCCAGCAUUAACAAGUAUAUAAUUAUUCUGGUAAUCCCCUACUGGGCUCUGGGGGGUAUAUAGGAAUGACGUCCAGACGAUGGUCCUUGUUAUAUUCAGUAUAGUUUCGGGUAAUUACAUCUACACUGCAUACAGUUCUCGGUGUGUUCUUCGCUGUGUACAUCAAUUGGCACCGCCGGAAUGCCGUUCAAGACGUGAAUCCAUGAAAGUCUAGUGAAACUGCAUUGUUAAAUAGUAUUAAGGGUAUAUACUAAUGCUCAAUACCAAUGUUUCUGUGUAAACUGUAUUUUCAGUAGGAAUAGUCGAGUAGACUAGUAUUUACUUUCUCUGUGAAGCCCGGCUCGUACAGAUGGACGUGCAAAUUUUCCUCAGUUGACAAGUUUCCUUGACGAGUUUACCACAAGUUUCUCUUGACAAGUUUUGCGGUUGCUUGUGUGCACGGAAUGUUUUUAAGACAAUGAUCUCGUGACGUGAAGGACGCCUUUUCACUUUUGUUUGCUAAACAGGUGAAUAUUCCCCGAUAAUCACCGAGCCUGAGGGGAAUAAUUGUUUUAGUAUUUUUGUGUUUUUUGGGACUGAAUUUAUUUUAAUUUCGCUUAUUUCUUUAUCAGUAUAACGUCCACAAAACGGCUAGCCGCCAUUUUGAAAAUUACGGUUUUGUUAUAUUCACCUGUAGGUGAAUAUAACAAAUAUGAGUUAUUUAUUUUCAUGCAUUUUUUGUUGCGUGUCUUACCGAAUAAAGACUCAAAGAACUAAGUUGAAAGCUCAUUAUUACAAAGUUAUUUUAAAUCCGGAGAAUUAAUUUCAAACAAAUCACAGUAUCUUCCUGGAUUACAUAUCUUCAAACACACUAUAUAAAGACUAUAAAAUGUUUUAAUUUAUCUUCCUGCUGUGAUACUGUGAUUAUAAGAUAUGAAAACCAUUAAUUUAUUAAUUGAAAUAUAAGUCAUAUAAGAUAAGAAAAAGCUAACGUAUGACUCGUAGCGUUAUUUUUACAUGCCGCUCUUUGUUUAAAAAUUUCACACAACAGACAAACAAUAGGAGGAAAACAUUGAUACAGAGACCCUUUCUAUAAAAUUGGUCUGCCUUGCCAAACAUGGACACAAUGAUAACAUCCUUGGAAAAUGACAAAACGUUGUUUCUCAGCCAGUUUCUGUAUAUAUCCCUUUAACAGCUUAAGUUUAUAAAUGUGUUAGCGAUUUUGGCUACAUAUAAGAAGUAUAAAUGAAGAUAUACUCCAUUUUUGGUGCAGCAUGUAUAAGAUGGGUUGAGUGUCUCGAAUCUUUUUCAUGACUUCCCUUAAUUAAAUAAAAUGUCCUAAUAUCCCAAUAUUUACGUCAUUCAUCGAAUAUUAAUUGAGUGUAUAGGCGGCACAGUGAAGUGUUGAUGACAGAGUAAAAUGUUGAAGGCGAGUGUCUGGUCAUCUCUCACCUCUGAGACUGGCGUUCAAUUCUUGUAAUAUGCAAUUCAGCUUAUUAUAUGAUUUUGUCACUGCAUGCAUGUUUGUCCUUUGCUGGAUUAGAAAGGUAGUUGAAGCCCCGUUUACACUACCCUCUCAAUUUUUGGUACGGCAUGCACGGAUAAAAUUGGUACCCAUACCAUUUUUUGGUUCUUGGACUAUCUAUUUAGCUAAGCCUCGUUUACACUGCGCUCAAUUUUUGGUACCGUACCACUUUUUGGUUCUUGAACUACCUAAAUAGGUAGUCCAAGAACCAAAAAAAUGGUACGGGUACCAAUUUUAUCCGUGCCGUACCAAAAAUUGAGCGUAGUGUAAACGGGGCUUGAGCUUCAUAUAAUCACAUUCAGUUCUAUUUGUGGUCAGUGCUCGGCAGCUGGACACUGUAGCUUAGUUGUCAGAGCUCUUCACUGAAGAGCUCUGACAACAGAGCUACAUGCAAGUCUUCACCAGAAUCACAGUCGAAUAUAAUGUACAGAAAUUUUCGCUCGCUUCCAUAAGUUUCUAUCAAAACAAAAAACCUUUAUACCAAACACCUCUGCAUGGGUUUGGCUUCGGCACUCCGCGAUUUGGAAAAAUUCCAGUUGAUGGGGAACCGCUAUAAGUUCCUUGUCGGAAAACCAUUAUACUAUAUUUAAAACAAAUAGCAAUCCUUUUGAACAUAUAACAUAUUUAAGAUUCAAGGUUUUCGAUUUCCUCCUGUUGUGAAACACGAGGGAGAAUAUAAAGGAUGACCUCUGAACCUCUGGAAAGGGCAUUUCGAGCAGAAUCGAAAUAUCGAACAGUUGAAACAGAUAAAUUCGAAGACCUAAGACAUUACAUUACAUUACAUUACAUUACAUUACAUUACAUUACAUUACAUAAUUCAGUAUUGACUAUAUUACUCAAGAUGUCGCCAAAAAGUAGAUUAGAAACAUACGUCAUAGCUACUCCAGUUGUUUUUGGGACACUCUGUAUAAUUACUAUAUAAUAGCCAAUAUUCAAUAGGCAUCAAUCAUAUUUAUCAAUCGGACAAUAUCGUGUGCGUGCCAUAUAGAGUGUAGCUAGAUACUAGUAUUUACAUAUUAUAUAAAAUUAUAUGCAUAUCUUUUAAGUGCUCAAUAUAAGGUAGAGGCUCAGGAUAACAAGAUUUUACAAGACGAAGGAUAAAAAAUUUCUGUGUUUUACUUUAAUUCAAAGUCAUCAUACGGAUUGGAUGCUGUCCAAAAUAUAUCAGCAAACACGUCUGGACAUAACAAGAUUCUUGACCCAUUCUUGGGUUAAUUGAUGCCAUAUAAUUCAUGUAAAAUAACAAAGGUAUCCUCACUUACAAGUGGUUUAGUACCAAAUGUAAAUAUUUUGUUUUAAAAUAUUGUUGCUGCUUUAGUUCUUUGAACUAAACUAAAUGCCUUCGAUAUAUAGCUCUAUCAUUUCUAGUCUACAUUUUGAAGGAUAGAUUUUUUAAAAAAAUCCGCUAAAUCACGUAAAAAUUGACAUACAUGUAAUAGUCCUAAUUCAAAGUAAAACUGAAAAUUCCAUAUUUCAAAUGACGUUUUGAACAAUUGUUCAUUCCGCUGAGCAGUAUGGAAAAAGUUCCAUAUUCCACGAACAAAAAAGUGAAAGAAUUUUCCAUUCCAAAAUUCUGCCUCAUUCCUCGAUUUUAUGGGAUAACUCUAGUGUCAUAGUAUCACUGCAUCAGUAGUCUAAAUCUAUAAAUGAAAGAAUUUUCCAUUCCAUAAUUCUGCCUCAUUCCUCGAUUUUAUGGGAUAACUCCAGUAUCAUAGUAUCAGUGGCAGUGCAUCAGUAGUCUAAAUCUAUAAUAGCAAAUUUAGCAAUAUACUUUUAUAUACAGCUUUACACUAUCAAAGUUUAUACUGGCUUACAUCAUAGUUAGAAUUUUGCAUAGGUAUGAAGGAUUCUGAAGGAUUUGUAAGAAAUGUUUGAGCACUAAUUUGAGGAAACUGACUCAGUUCCCACGAAUCCUUCAAAACUUGCGUGAUCACAGAAAACGUGCUUAUAAAUAGGUAUUUGAACGUGCUUAUAAAUAGGUAAUUUUUUCCUAUCCAGAUCACCGAAUCAGUCCUACCUACGUCAGCGAUCAAACUUUAGGAAGAUAUAUUUCGAGAACCCUCGUGCCAGACUUUAUUACAAUUUAUUGUGACUAUGCAAGCAAUUAGAACUGUGGUUAGCCAAUCACUUAGUGGCUAACCAAUCAUAAGUAUCAAUUACGAACUAUUUGUCAUCAUUAGCGGCCAUUUCGUGACGUAACGAAGGCGGGUUGCCUCACAGCGGGCAAACGGAAGUGAUGCAAAACUCACGGCGUCUGUGUGGGCUGGUAAGCGAACACGCGUGAGUAUCUUUCACCAAAAUUUUAUUUACAUUUCGUUAACCGUCUUAGCAAAUACUGACCUAAUUUUAAGCAUAUAUAAAAUCCGGUAAGUCGCGUCAUAUAAACAAUAUUAUCGAAUAUAUGUUUAUAGAGCUGUCUCAUUCUCACACGUUUCAAACUAGAACUGAUAAUCCAAAAUUUUCUAUAAUUUUAUACCUAUCUACCUGAGACGGAUCUUGUAUAGGUAAUACGAUCAAAAUGUGGUCGAAUUCAUGCUGAUUCACUCGGCAAGGGUCUUGUAUAUCGUUCAUUGUGGUUUCUGCCUAGGCCGGCCCCGGAUUUCCCCCUAGGGUUUGUGUACUGAUCUCAAGUGCUCAUAUUUAUUCAUUUCAGAUUAUACAAACUGUGCCAGAAGCCCAGAACAUUGGAGAGAAGCUCUGAGAAGGACAUAUUAUAUUGACUUAAAGUUAUUGUGAUAAUUGCUACAAUGUUGGCUGUGGUCAGCCUUUGGUUAUGCUUGUCCGUGGUGCUGGGACAGCCUAUCAUAGCGAAACAACGUGAUUCUCUGUGGGUUUUCAAUGAACCAGGAGAUAUUGUUUUAAAUGGUUUAUUCCCAAUACGAAAACACUCCGACAAAGGCUUCGGACUGAAUUUUGAGGGCAUUACGUGGAUGGGUGCGAUGAUACAGCGAAUUCGUGAAAUUAACCAAGAAAGACUACUACCAGGCAAUCUGACUCUUGGCUACGCUAUACAUGAUACUGCCAGCGAUGUUAAAAUCGGUCUCAGACAAACUUUGUCUGUUUUAAAUGCAAUACUAAACAAAGAAGGGAAACAAAACGAAGCCGGUCAUAUGCCAGUUGUAAUGGGACCUGCCACUGAUGAAUUGGAAGGCACCUCCGAAAAGCUGUACAAGCUAUUUGACGUUCCGAGACUCGCGUAUACAACGACAAGUAGCAGAUUUCGUUACAGUAAGUUUGAGAAACGUAUUCAAACAGUGCCACCUGAUAUUAUACACGUUGAAGCCCUGCUUAGAAUUUUAGAUGAUAUGAAAUCUCGGGAGUUUAGUGUGGUGGUCGCAAAGUCGAGUCUGUGGCAAGAAAGGGUGAACAUGUUUAAAGCGGUUUUGAAUGAAAGAAAAAGUGAGAUAAAGCUAAAAGAUAUUAUAUACUUGAAUACAAUAGACGAUGAUAUUACGGCUGUACAGAAACGCAUCAGUUGCGACGUUGUUAUUGUUUUUGCUGAAUCCAAUAUAAGCCGUUCGCUCAUCCGUCAUGGAAGGGGAUCAAAACUGAUCGUAAAAGAUCGAACGUGGAUUGAAGUCUGUCAAUAUGACGACCCCCUGCUUCGGAUAUUUGAUACAUUAGGUGAAUUAACCAAAAAAGUCAUUAUUCGUAAUUUGAGGACGAACGAUGUCAAUAAUUACAGAACCGAUACGCGUGAAUCAUUGUUUCCAAACAACGCUGACAAGAUCGUAAAACCUAAUUGGUUGAAGAAGGUUUUUGAAAAGCAUUGUGCGAAGUCAAAAAUAUCCCCUAGUCAUAAUGAAUCAAGUUUUAAUAAUGAAUGUGUAGGAUUUCGAGAGAGGAUUGUCUCGGCUAUUGGACAUCGUAAUGAGUUUCGAUCAUCCUUAACUUUACAAGGCAUUAUUGACUCAGUUAAUCUCAUUAUCGCUGCACUGAGAGAUACAUUAGAAACCUGUGCUACCUCAACCCCCCGGCGUUGUCCAAAAUUGUCGGGGUCCACCCUGUUUGAGAAAUUGAGAAAAAUUACCCUUACCAAAGGAAAAGAUUUUGCUAACAGUUAUUCUUUACAAGCGCUUCUUCGAGUUAAAGAUUCUGCAAUGUUAGGUCGCCGUAUGAAAACGAUGCGUGGUUGGACAUUUCGGAAAAUUCGCGAAUGGCGUAUAACAGAAUCAGAGAUUCGUCAUCAGCUGUGUUUGUAUCGGAAAAAUGCGACUCAUUCGAACAAUGUUACUUCAAUCCCUACUGAUAACAAUCAAAUAGACGGCGUUAUGAAUUCAUCAACUGACAAUGAUAUUUGUAAUCAUUGUGGCGAGUCAAUGAACCGAUCACAAUGUAUUUCCGACAAUGUCGUUAUCGCUUGGACAGAUACGUGGGCUAUCGUUCUGUAUGUUCUCGAAAGCUUAUGCCUACUUGCAGUUCUGUCGACUUUCGUUUAUUUCUCACAGCACAAAAACUCGCCUAUUAUGAUACUGUGUUACUCCUGGCCCGACAACGUAAUCUUGGCAGUCCUGUGUAUUUUCUCCCUGCUACCCAUGAUGCACAUCGGUCACAUGGCGCCUCAAAGAUGCAUGGCUCUUUGGCCAAUUGUGAACACAAUUUUCGCGUUCUAUACCGGACUUUUAUUGACCAAAACUUUAUUCGUUCAAAAUUUACUAAAGUGCGAAGUUGCCACAGAGCGACCCUGGCGGAGAAUGAUAUAUGCAACGGUAAUAACGUUUAUCCAGGCGGUAAUUUUUGCGAAUUUAUUGGUAUUAGAUUUCCCGAACUCCACGCAUCUUUCGUGUUCGUCGCGCGGGACCGUCACGCUUUGCAACAUCGAAGGGAACUUUGCUAUUCUAUUUUCCAUGGCAUUUAACUGGCUUCUAAUGUUUGCGUUGUUCGCAUUGUCCGUCACAGAAACACUAAAACAGCGACAAAACUUCUGCAGAACUGAAAAUCUCGUUGCCGUAGCAACGGUGGCGUGGAUUUCCUAUACUUGUUCGACCGUGCUAGCGUAUUUCAAUAUACGCAUGGAACAAUAUUUAGCCGUAACAUUGAUACAAUGUUUAACAUACCUCGUCAAUUCAGCUGUUUGUCUGGGGCUUAUAUACAUUCCAACCCUGCGACUCGUUUCCACGUGGUUACGUCAGCAUACACGUCAGAAGAAGAACCUCACUAGCAUAAAACGCGCGCAAGUGAUGUCAUCAAAACGUCAAUCAUCCGGACCAAUGAGUGACUCGCUUUUUGGCGCGAACUUUUCAACCGAACAAUUAGCGAUCCCCUCCGGACGUCAUUCGGGUUAUUACUUCGACCACCGCCCGGCGUCGGCCGUCACCGACAUGUCGUACCCUACGUCACUCGUACGAAGUGUCCACGAACAGACCCAUGUCGUAUUCGGCUACGGUAGAAGAGGAACGAUGUCGUUAAACGGGGGUACGAGCCUCGAGAGCGUGCCGUCCGUUGAUUGGUUAGAAGCCGCGAGUCAAGUCCAUAGUGCCAGUAGCAGUUAUGAUAAUUUAUCGCAGGCGGCAGAAGAAACAGCGGACGAACUUACACCGCAAGAACUACUUCAUGAGAUUUCUACGUACUGGGAACGACAUCGAAGCAGUGACGUAAUUGCAAAUGGACAAAAUGAAGACAAUAUAGAAACGAACAAAUGGCCCUCGUUAGAAAAACUGAGAGCAUCAGACUUGUAAGAUCGUAAAACUAUGACAACACAGAGCGUAACUGCGUAAGUGUAGAGCCCUACUGAUGAAAAUAACUAAAUAAUUCCUUUAUAUUAUUUCUUGAUAAGAUUAGUUUUCGGAGUACUAGCAAAAAUGUAGGCAAAAACAGUUAUUUCACAUCUUGUCACAUAUUGUCGGAAACACUGUUUCCAGUGGCGAAGCUAGCGACUGGUCAUGUUUGUCAACUGGUCGUGCUAUGCUAAUAAACUUGCACCAAAAAAAUUCAAAAACCAAAGAUUUCUACUGUAUAUGUUUGAAUAAUUUACGUAGCAUGUUUCGUCGCAUGACUAGUUGCUAUGGUUAACUUCGCCACUGACUGUUUCCUAUAGACAUGUUUCCCGAAGGUGGACAAACCAGACUGGAUUCGUUGGGAAACAGUUUCUUUCUGCGAAACAAAUUGUUUCUGCAACAGUGUUUCUGCAACAGUGUUUCUAAAGGUAAGAAACCUGGAAAACAUUUGAACAAGAAAUCGCUGAACAAUGUUUCCGAUGUUUGCCUCGCUUUGCCCAAGGCUUUUAAAAGUCUUGGGCAAUUAAAGCUUAAAAGCUGUUAAAUAUUUAAUUUAAUUUUUUUUUCUCAGAAGCAAUGCAAUCAGAGCUUAAUUAAAAGUUUGUUUGCAUUGCUUCUUGCAAGUUUCUAACAAGUUGUUAUCGUCUAGUAACCGAAGCUUUAUUGUAUCAGAGUUGUUAAAAGUUGUUCCAAACGUUUUUGAUAUCACUUACAAAUGUUGCAAGCUAGACGGUAAUGAUUUGUUACAACCUCGCCACAAGAACUGGAAACAAGUAGUGCGAACACAUUACAGUAAUAUUAUGAUGCAACAUUAAUUUAUCGAGUCAUCAAUUUAUACACUCAAUUAAAAACUGUAUGUAACAUACAUAGUAGUAAAUUAUUAUGCUUACAUAUAUUUAUGCCCUUAUUAUGGGUUGGUAUAUUCAGUAUAUGUGUCCAACACAGAUGUUAACGGCACAUUAUUUAAAUUUAACGCUCUAAUAUUAUCUUCUUGACUAAUAUACUAGGACUAAUUUAAUCGAGCUAGAAGGGUGAUAGUUUAUAAUGUAAUAUAGAAAAGACAAAAUUACAACUAAUUUCUUGAAUAUAUGUGUGGUGUAAUACUCUUUUGAGACUAAAUAU